AUGCUCGUCCUUUUCACACGUUAUAGACUCUUUCGCAAACCUGGACGUCACCGCCGUGCUCUCUUGGGUUUGUCGAUAUGUUUCAUAGUCUGGACUGUGCUGGAGCUGCUUCUCAUUCAGCACCGAGUCUCCGUCGUUGAUCGGAUUCCAUCCACUCUGCCACACCAAUUCGAGCGGAUAUUUAUUUCCAGUACGCACUGGAACAACGAAGCUAUCCUCCGGAGCCAUUGGAACAAUGCAAUUAUCCAACUAGUGAAAACAUGGGGCCCGGAGAACGUUUUCGUGAGCAUUCAUGAAAGCGGGAGCUGGGACGACACCAAGGGCGCGCUUCGGGAACUCGAUCUCGAGCUGGAUCGAUUAGGCGAUUUGGCACGGAACGAUAUUGUAUUCGACAAAGUGCUUUUUCUAAAUGAUGUGGUCUUCACGGUGGACGAUGUGAUCUCAUUACUCGAUACCAACGACGGUGUUUACGCCGCUGCUUGUGCUUUAGACUUCUCCAAGCCUCCUCGCUACUACGACACAUUUGCUCUACGUGAUUCUAACGGAGAUGAGACUUUGAUGCAAGAAUGGCCUUAUUUCCGCAGCGCAAUUUCGCAGAAUGCACUGCUUGCGAUGACGCCAGUACCUGUGAAGAGUUGCUGGAACGGUAUGGUAGCCAUGCCGGUAGCCCCAUUUCUAUCAAAAGUACCGUUGCGAUUCCGUGCAAUCCCCGACUCUCUUGCGCAGUCCCAUCUGGAGGGCUCGGAAUGCUGCUUAAUCCAUGCAGAUAAUCCUCUUUCCGCCACGAAAGGCGUUUAUUUGAAUCCUAAAGUCCGUGUUGGGUAUACUGACCUGGCAUACGCAGCCGUUCAUCCGACUACGACGUGGAUCUCGCUUCACAAUAUCGCCCUGGCCCUUUGGGAGAACCGAAUUCGACGCUGGACCACGAGUCCGUUCUUCCACAGAUGGGCUAUCCGAAGAAGAAUCACCAGCUGGGAGAGACAUCACAGCACCCGUUCUGAGUCCGCUACAUUUUGUUUAAUUGACGAGAUGCAGGUUGUUGUGGGGAAUGGGUGGGCUCAUGUGUGA